AUGAGAUAAUAAAUUUAUUAACCCACAUAUGGAGUAGGAUUUUCAACUUAAUUAUAAUAAAUUUCAUAGCCAACAAUAAAGAUAGUUUCUCAACAAUCAUUCUAAAAUUAAAUUCAACCAAAUGUUUAACAACCAUUUUAACAAUAGUUAUAAACUAGUUUUUCAUAGUAAUAAAAUAGAACUAUUUUUCCAAUAAAUAACAAUGGAAGUGUGUGUCGUCCAAUUUGGGAUCAACCUACACGUUAAAGAUUCCAUACAUCUCAAUCUAACAUUACUCAUAAAAAAUAAAUGAAUCUUGUGGAUUUGUAAAAAAUUGAGGAACCUUGGAGAAUAAAAGUUUAAGAAUUAUAAAGGAAGAUUAAAAUUCUAGAAGAAGAAUAAUAAUUGAAAUAAUAAGAUGAGGAUGUAGAGAGUGAAUUAUCUCAAGCUUAUAGUUAGAUUUAAUAGUUGGUUAAUACCAUAAAAAUAUUGUAAGAGGAAAUUUAAUAGUUGGAAGAGAAAGCAGAGACUAAAUAAAGCAUAAUUGAUGGCUAUGAUAAACAAUUAGCUGAAAAGGAUAAAGAAUUAGAAAAUGCCAAUCUAUAUAUAUCUGAACUUCAUGCAUAAUUGGAGGACUAAACUAUUAAUUUAGAGGAGAAAUAGAAAUAUUUAGUUGAUGAAGUAAACACUUGGAGGAGAAAGUUUAUAGAAUAAAAUAAGGAAUUUCAUGAAAAAUAGGAAGAAUUGAUGGCUUUAUAAGCUGAGUUGGAUAAUCUCAAAAAUUAAAAGAUCAUUAGUAAUAAAUCUAGUGAUUAUAAAUAAAUUAAGUGA